AUGACUCUAAUCGCCCGCAGUAACUGUGAUGUCAACUCAGUGCCCACGUGCCCCACAGAUUGCUCUGUACCGGCAGAAUUGGCCUGUUUACAACCUCAACUGGCUUGGAGUCCCAUCCAUAUGGCUGCAGCUCUGGGCUUAGUGCAGAUUGUUCAAUCUCUGGUUCAGUGUACUCGUACGGACAUCAAUCUUCAGGGUGCCGACGGCAACACAGCUCUGCACAUUGCCGUACGCAGUGGUCACGCGCAGAUUGUCAACAUCCUUUUGCAAUGCCCAGUCUUCGAUUGUACCGUCAAAAAUGCUCAGGGUCACACGGCAUUCUAUGUGGCCAUGGAUAAUCGUAAUGUGAAAGCGGCUCAAACGAUUCUGGAACGUGAUCCUACUUUAGCAUUACAGCCCGCACCACAACCUUUGCGUUAUCGAUUGCGAUCCCAUGACCUAUCCGUGCGCAGUGCUUCCACUUUUGUGACCUCGGGUCAGCACGUCGGAGGGCAAGCUUAUGUUCGUGUAGGCGAGUGUGUAGUUUUUUGCCUGUCUCANGCCCAGGCACGGGAUUGCGUAGAUCACUCCUGA